AGCAGGGCCAGCUUUUGCUUUCAAAUUUUGCUGUCACAUUGCUCCAGCUGAUGUCCGACUUCAUGCGAGAGAUCUUUGAAGAUCAGAAGUGCAGAGAAGAGAGGGCGAAGGCGCCUCUUAUAGCUAGUGGGUGCCAGCUGAGCUUGUUCGUCAGCUCUUCGAGUCUGAGCAGGAGCCAUUGAGUCCUUUUCAACACCCAGCAAGGGCGCCCUGCUCGCUUGGUACGGCAGGUCGCAGCAAUGGGCGCAAUCCAGCUCUCUCAGUCUCCUGAUGGCGCCCCUAUCUUCUCUGUCACUGCGCGCACGCCGACAAAUAUCGCUGUAAUCAAGUACUGGGGCAAGCGGGACGAAGCCCUGAUCCUUCCCCUGAAUUCUUCUCUGAGCGUCACUCUGGAUCCAAAUGAUCUGGCCGCAACCACCACGGUGGCAAUCAGCCCUGCGUUUGAGGAAGACAAGCUGUGGCUGAAUGGAAAGGAGGUGUCAAUAUCGGACAGCGUCCGGUACCAGAACUGCCUGCGUGCCGUUCGCGAGCGAGCGCAAGGCAUCGAGGCCGGAGGGGAGAAAGCGUCACAAGAGCAGCUACGGAGCUGGCGCAUCCACGUCGCUUCACGUAACAACUUUCCGACCGCGGCGGGCCUGGCGUCCUCCGCAGCCGGUUUUGCUUGCCUAGUAUUUUCCUUAGCCCAACUUCUAGGAGUCACAGAGGAGCGACCUGGCGACUUGUCGGCAAUUGCCAGGCUGGGUUCCGGCAGUGCCUGCAGAAGCCUAUAUGGCGGCUUCGUGCGAUGGAACAUGGGGCAGGCAUCGGACGGUCACGAUAGCAUCGCGGAGCAGGUGGCCGGGGAGGAGCACUGGCCGGACCUUAGAGUGCUGGUGGCCGUGGUGAACGACCGGCAGAAGGACACGAGCAGCACCGCGGGCAUGCAGCAGAGCGUGCGGACGAGCCCGCUGCUUCUACAUAGAGCCAAGGCGGUGGUUCCCGAGCGGAUGGUCGCAAUGGAGCGCGCGAUUGCCGCGCGCGACUUCCAGGCGUUCGGCGCGCUCACGAUGGCCGACAGCAACCAAUUCCACGCCACGUGUCUUGACACGUCACCGCCGAUCUUCUACAUGAACGAUGCGUCGCGCCAGGUCAUCGGUCUCGUGGAGCAGUGGAACGCGCAGGCGGGGGAGAUAAAGGCGGCAUACACAUUUGACGCGGGGCCAAACGCUGUCCUCUUCUGCCUGGAAGCGGACCGAGGGGCCCUCCUCCGACGGCUGCUCUACCACUUUCCCCCUUCGGAUUCUACCCCCCUGAACGAGUACGUCGAAAGCGCGGAGUUGCUGAAAGAAGCUAGCGUCUCCUCGGCAGAUGACAUCCGGGAUCUGCCUGCACCGGAGAUCAGUAAAGAGGCGAAGCCCGGGUUGCAAUUCCCCGGCGAGUUGAAAUACAUCAUGUCUACUCGGGUUGGGAUGGGGCCACAAGUGUGUGAGAAGCCGCUAGAGCCACUGCUAUUAGAUGCGAGGACGGGCUUCCCUCCGGUUUCAUAAACAAACAACGUUGCAGCUGUUGAAAAGCUGAGGAUGCUGGCUGCUCGAUGCCGGAUUCUGCACCGCUCAUGUGAAUGCAAUGUGGACCAUGAAAACAUCCGUGCACCUGCGUGCACGCUCAAAG